AUGCCCGGCGUCGAUUUGGGGUACGACGAUCUGACCCAGAUCGACCUGACGUCGGCAGAUCUGAGGCAUGCCAAUUUCGUCGGAGCCCGCCUGAGAGGGGCGCACCUGUCGCGCUGCAAUCUCAACCGGGCAAACUUCGCGGAUUCGCAUGCGGCUGAGGCCACGUUCCUGCGCUCCGACCUUAGAGGCAGCAACCUCGACAACGCGGACCUGCGGGGAGCCGACCUUUCCAACUGCGACAUUGCGUUCGCGACGCUGGUGGGCGCGAACCUGGCCGGGGCGGACCUGACCGAAGCCGAUCUGACCAUGGCAGACCUGACCGGCGCCAACCUGAGCGGGGCCAAGUUGAGCGCGGCGUGCCUGGACGUGGCCAAUCUCACCCGCUGCGAUCUGCGGCGCGCGACGCUGGUGCGGACUCGCCUGGAUCGGACGUUGCUGGAGGACGUGGUUCUCGAUAUGACCCUGUUCGCGGACUGCGAUCUGAGCGCGGCGUUGGGGCUGGAAACAUUGCGCCACGAUGGGCCAAGCAUGGUCGGGGCGGACACAUUGGCGCGUUCCAACGGCGGAAUACCCGAGUCCUUCCUGCGGCCGGCCGGAGUGCCGCCGGAGUUCAUCGACAGUCAGGCCGGAUCAGGCGAUCAGACCAUUCCCCACCGGCGGGUCCUCCUGAUCGGUUCAGUGGCGGAUGACACCGUCGUGAGGUGGCUGGAGACGGAACUGAGGUCGCUUGGGCUGCAAUGCUGGAGUCUCCUGGCGGACGACGAGGAAGCGGCGUACAACACCUCGGUGAUCCCCCCGAUGAGCCGCUUCAAAGACUUCGACCGGGUGGCGCUGCUCUGUUCUAGGGGCGCGUUGGAAAGCCCCGCCUGCUGGAGACUGUACCAGGAGAUCAUGCAGCGCCAGGCGACUUCAGCGGCCCGGCGAUCCUAUGUGGCCGCGCUGGCUAUGGAUGACUGCCUGGAUAACGACGGUGACGAGCUGUACCGACAGCUGAAGGGCGGACCGACGGCGCGCCUGCGAGCGCGCAAGGACCGCGUCGGAGGUUACCGGCGCGACCUGCCGGGGGUUCUGACGACAUUGACGGCGGAAAUCAAGGUGCAGCCGGAUAUAUGGGACGACGAACCUGAGGACGGGGAUGCCGAGGCGCCGGCGGAGUAA